ACGAUUACAACAUUUGUAAAUAAAGUUUAUACAAUUUCGAACAACCAAAAUGAUAUCCUGCAUCUGUUUGGGUCCCAAAAGAUCGGGCAAAACGCAUUUACUAAAGGCUCUGCAAGAUAAUGAGUCCAUAGAUGAGAAUACAUAUUCAACUCCUACCAAUGGCACCAGUAUAUACAAUAUAGUAUUUCCGACCAAUAACCAUAAUGAAGAAGCCAUGAAACCCAAACCGUCGCCGCCUGCUACGGACGCUAAUGGCAAACAGAUUGAUAGUGAGCAGAUGAAAAAGAAAAAAUCUUUACCGCCUCUUAAGUCUAUACGUAUUUUGGAAAUUGGCGGCAGUAUGGCUCCUAUAUGGCGGCAAUAUUUUAAUGAUGUCAAGAAAUUAAUGUAUGUCGUUGAUACAGCCAAUUUGUGUCAAAUAUCAGCAGCAGGUGUUUUAUUUUAUUCGAUUUUGGCUGAGCCACGCAUACAAAAGGUGCGUAUUUUAUUAGUGCUCUCUAAAAUGGACUAUGCCUAUCGCCAGAUGCGCAAUGAGGCUUUACUGAUGCUGCAAAUGUCGAAAUUGGAGAAGGAAAUACGACAAAGAGUUACGAUUAUAGAAGUUAGCCCUGUUAGUAAAGUGGGCUUGGAUGCUAUUUAUAAUUGGUUAAAAAUUCAUUAA